UUCCCAUCGCCACCCAUGCUCUGCUCCCCAGAUCGGAGCUGCCCUGCACUUUUCAGUAGCUCCAACAUUUGGAUUGCAGGCUGUAGUAGGUUCUUCCUCUGCUGGCUCCUUUCAUUCACCCACAAUCUUGGAAUGAAGCUGUUCCCUGAACAAUGGGCCACCGAGGGUAUAAGGCAGAGUGACUUCCUGGAGCAGGAAAUGCCUGCAACGGUGAUGCCGGGGAGUCCGGUCCAGCUGAAUGGUGUGACCCUGGAGUCUGAACACCCGCAGUCCGUGAGCCAGCCCCAGCCUGCCUUCCAGAUCCAGCCCGUGACCCCGGACCCUGCCCCCAGCCAGCCCAGGGAGACGUGGGGUGGGAAGUAUGAGUUCCUGCUCUCCUGCGUUGGGUAUUGUGUGGGGCUGGGCAACGUCUGGCGCUUCCCCUAUCUCUGCUACCGCAAUGGAGGAGGGGUGUUCCUGAUCCCCUACUUCGUCAUGCUGCUCUUCACUGGCCUGCCCCUCUUCCUGCUGGAGCUCAGCCUGGGCCAGUACGGAGCUGCAGGGCCCAUCACCGUCUGGAAGUGCUGCCCCCUAUUGAAAGGGAUCGGCGUGGGCAUGCUGCUCGUCUCCUCGCUGGUGUCGCUCUAUUAUAACGUCAUCAUCGCCUGGACUUUCUACUACCUGGGCAUGUCCUUCCAGAGCCCCCUGCCCUGGUCUUGUGAUGCUCCGCGGAACGCCCCCCUCUGCCAGAACGCAUCAGGAAACUCCAGCCGGUUCAGUGCCAGCGAGGCCUUCUGGAACGAGCAGGUGCUGGGGGUCACGCACAGCUCCGGCCUCCACGACCCAGGCCCGGUGAGGUGGCCGCUCGCGGUAUGCUUGUUGGUCGCCUGGAUCGUCAUCUUCCUGUGCAUGCUAAAGGGGAUCCGCAGCUCGGGCAAGGUGGUGUAUUUCACAGCGACGUUCCCGUACCUGGUCCUCAUUGUGCUCAUCAUCCGAGGAGCCACGCUGGAGGGAUCCAUCGAGGGCGUCCGCUUCUACCUCUCCUCAGACUGGAGCAGGCUACAGAGCGCUCAGGUGUGGAACGACGCUGCCUCGCAGAUCUUCUACUCGCUGGGCAUUGGCUUCGGGGGGCUGCUCUCCAUGGCCUCCUACAACAAGUUCGACAACAACGUGAUCAGGGACACCCUGGUUAUCGCCAUCGGGAACUGCUGCACCAGCUUCUUCGCUGGAUUCGCCAUCUUCUCCGUCCUGGGCCACAUGGCGUGGAGGAAGAGAGUGCCGGUGGGGGAGGUGGCUGACUCAGGUCCUGGACUUGCCUUCGUGGCCUACCCAGAAGCCCUUGCUCUGCUGCCUGGCUCUGCCUUCUGGUCGGUCCUGUUCUUUCUGAUGAUGUUCACGCUGGGAGUGGACACCCUGUUCGGGAACAUGGAGGGCAUCACCACGGCCGUGCUGGACGAGUUCCCGGCCCUGCGCGAGUGGAGACGGAAAACCCUCUUCCUGGGCGCACUGUGCUUCACCUUCUACCUGCUGGGCCUGCUGCUCAUCACCGAGGGCGGCAUUUACUGGUUCACCCUCAUCGACGCCUACAGCACCAGCUUCGGUCUCAUCAUCAUCACCCUCUUCAUGUGCGUCGGCAUUGCCUUCUUCUACGGAGUGAACCAGUUCUGCCGGGACAUCGUGGACAUGAUCUGCCGGUGCCCGCCCUGGUGCGGCAAGCUGGUGCUCUACUUCAAGGCAUGCUGGGUGUUCAUCACGCCAUGCCUGCUGCUGUUCAUCCUCUUCUACAUCUUCCUGGAGACGUACAACACGUCCCUGCACUACGGCGCCUACACCUACCCCGGCUGGGGCAAGGCCCUGGGCGUGUGCAUGGGCACCGUGACCUGCAUCCAGAUCCCGCUCUGGGCGCUCGUGGCCGUCUGCAGGGAGUCGGGGACGCUGACGGACCGGUUCCGGAAAGCCAUCCAUCCCCUGAACUCCUGGCGCACAGCGACCACCCACGCCGAGGUCAUCGACGUCCCCUUCACCAUCAACCUGGUGGACAGCGACUUCGCCAGCCCGCCCCAGGGGAGCAGCGAGGCCUGAGCAGCAGAACUGGGGCUCCAGGCCUGGCUCAGCCGCGAACAGGUGGCUGCCGGUGGCCGCCCCCUCCGGGCUGGGCAGCUGCUCUUGGCUCCGUCGGGGCAGCCUUGGGCCGGCGCUCACGGGACGCGCUGGAGGCUGCAGAUGGCACCUCGCCUGCAGGAGACGAUGCGGGGCUGGAACCUGCUGCUCUCCAGCCGCGCCGGGGCCCUCAGGCCUCUGCUCAGGACUGCGGCCGGCCAGCCUCCGGGUGCUUUGCAAGAGGGGCCCUGCCUCUGAGACCUUCUUAAAACUCUGCAGGAAAAGGAUUGUACUCAAGAGCAUCAAUUGCACAUGCCCCCCGGUGUGGAUGCCUGCCCCCCGGGCAUGGACAGACAGGUGGGUGCCCUGGGGCAGGGACAGAGAGGUGCACGCUCCUUGCCCAGCUGCACCCCUCUGCUGGAAGUGAUUACCCAUCGCUGUAGCGAAGCUGGCGUGCUGCUAUCCUGGAGGACCCCCCCCCCCAAGCAUUAUCGUCUGUGCAGGGGGCUAGCCAGGCCCCCAAGGGCUGGGCCUGGGGCGGAGAGCUGGGGUGUGGGACUCCCCUAGUUCUGCGGCUGCCAAUCCCAUGAGGUCUAGUCCCCAGGUUCCCUCCUCUGGCUUGGGUCUUGCCUCCUGCCAGCGGUUCCCCCAGCGGCCCACGUGUGGGGUUCUGCCCCUGGCGCCUCGGGCCAGGCUAUGGAUGGGCAUGGAGUCCGUGUGGCUGCAGGGAACGUGCCUGAUGGGCGGCUGCCGGGAGUCAGCACUGGCCUUCCUACCCCUGACCCCGCUCUGGGUGGCAGCCGGCCAGCUGCUUGGUUGGCCAACCCAUCCAUGGCUCUAAUCCGCUCCUGCCAUGGUCUCAGCCUGGGCACCCCGGACCCCUAGCAGGCGGCGGCUGGCAGGGUCACAGCCCAAGCCUGCCCCGGGGCAAGGACUUGUGGCCAGGGGUAUGGUGGCAACACCAGGUUCUUGGUGCACAGCUGGGCAGUACCUUGCCCUCACCUGCUCUGUGGGAACUGCCCAAGUGGGAGGGUGGCAGCUGCUGUGGGCAGGGCCGGGAGAGAAGCACUGA